UAGCCAGUCAAACGUAUUAGAGACGCAUUGUCUAUCUAUCUCGGACUGAAUGAGAGUGAACAGCUUCUGAGUAUCCUAACAUUUGCAACAUGGCUCUUGCAGAUGCGAUGUUGCCUUCGAUAAAUACUUUUACAAGCAACCAGAUUUUAGACGAAAAGCAGUCUGAAAUUGUUCGGGACUGGAAAGUUGACCCAACUAAAACUAGCGCGUCAGCUGGAGACGUGAGACCCCUCAUCGAGGUGGAGUUCAGCAUUGUUGAGUCUCCACCAUUGGCCAGAGACGAGGAUGAUCUUUCCAAGUUUCUGGAUCUAGAGUUCAUUCUGUCUAACGUUAACUCCUUCACGUCUGACAAUCCCAACAACCCAGCGCCGCCGCCCUAUUCUCUACCGGAGUCACCGGAAAGCUGCAGUACCGUGUACGACAGCGAUGGAUGUCACCCGUCGCCGAGCGCGUACUGUGGCACCAACUUUAACGCAUGUCAAGGACACAGUCUGGUAGCCGAGUUGUUUACUCCAAACUUGAGUUAUCAUGGCGACUCGCAUGAAUCUAGUAUGAAAGGACAUUUCGACAGGCUGGAGUACACUGAACUAAGGUCUAUCAACUCUCGAAACCAGACACACGUGUCCAAUUCUAGUAACGUGGGAUACAAAAUAAAAAGUGAAAACCUCGAGCAAUCCUGCAUGAUGGUAAACGACUACGCGGGUCAUUAUUUUGGACAAGAACCUCAGCGCGUGAUGCAGCAGCAUCAGACUUAUGGGCAUCACGUGCAACAAGAUGUGCCUCGGGACAUUUUAGGGAGGAAAGAUUGCAUCCUAACAGAGGUUAACUCUCACCAUCAUAUUGACAGUGCCCAUCAACAACAGUUCAUGAAUUGCGCGCCUUUUCCAUCUCAGUACGCACAGCAUCAACACUACCACGGACAUUAUAACAUGUUUAGCGAGCCACUUCGGACAAAUCACCCGGUCAUCCCAGGGGUGAUGUUGACCCCACCAUCCUCACCCCUCCUGGGAUUUUUAAACCCAGAAGACAGCAAGCCAAAACGAGGGCGUCGGUCAUGGGCACGAAAACGGACAGCGACGCACAGCUGUGAUUUCCCCGGAUGUGGGAAAACGUACACGAAAAGCUCCCAUUUGAAAGCACACAUGCGGACACACACAGGGGAGAAGCCCUACCACUGCAGCUGGGAAGGCUGUGGCUGGAAGUUCGCCAGGUCGGACGAGUUGACGCGUCACUACAGGAAACACACCGGACACAGACCGUUCCAGUGCCAGCUGUGCGAGAGAGCUUUCUCCCGCUCAGAUCAUCUGGCUCUGCACAUGAAGAGGCACAUGUGAAAAAAAAAGACUAUAUCUAUUUUAAACCACCAGAGGAUUUUAUAUUGUUAAGACAAUUCCUAUUUUGGGACAGCAGUUAUAUGAAUAGCAGUUUAAUGUCAUUUGAUUUAAAUUAUGACAGUAUUGACAGAAGAAGAUUCUUGUUCGUUUAUAAUGUAAAUUAUGUAGCUAGUACUUUCUCAGAUGUAUAAAAACGGGGCAGGACCCAUACCUUUGUAUAGGAUAUACAAGUUUUUUAUUCUCAAUUUAUGCAUUUGUAUCAAGUCAGGGAGUAUUUUUAUUUUAUUUUUUAAAUUGAUUUUCAGAAGGAUUAAAAUCAUUGUCUUUUUUUGUA